AUGCAUAGCCGUAACCACGAGUUGGCCGAGCUGUCCGAGUGGGAUCUCGAGAACGUAGACCUAUACUACCGCCGCAUACUGAACUCAACAAUGAUGGAACAGCACCGGUUCACGUUCUGCACUCCCAACGGUCAACAGUAUGGCCAAAAUUCGGGCCAACAGUACGGGCAACCGCCACGGCCAAACCUUGCACCACCGUACGGUACACCAUUCAAUGGUCAGCCUCCGUUUGGUCAACCGUACUCGACGAAUCCAGCGCUUUCGGUGGCGGGCUUUGGGUAUAUCAGCCCGUAUGUCCCCAACAUACCGCCGAGAAUGCCGGGUCACGUUAGAUUCGACACUACGACCGCCAACAACUCACAGAAUACGGCGGCUACCGGAGCAUCGACUACUAAUCCCGGCGGAGGUCAAGGAACUACUGCUGGAAAUAAUACACCUUGGCCGAUGGACCCCUUGCUGGGAGAUGGCGAUCACACCAACCAGAAUGGUGGAGAGAACGGGAACGAAGGAGAGACUGGGAACGGUAACAGAGAGGAGAGCGAAACAAACAACUCGGCAGUGCGCUCGCAGCUUAACCGAAUGACCAACACGAUCGGAACGCUCGUUAACCAUGUACUAGCAAUGGAACGUACACAAGCAGCACAACAGUCUCAGCUACUGUCCAUGAUGCAGGGAGCAGUCCCGUACCCGCCCGGAACCUACCAAGGACCCAUCCUCCCAGAUGGUUUCAAUCAAGGGUCGACCCGAAUCUCUUCCAGUACCCUAAUCAGUGGCAGGCAAAUUCUACACCUUUAG